GCGAGUCCGACAUGCAGCCGCCGAGGCCACGCCCAUGCGCUUUCGUGCGGCGCCAGCGCCUUCUCCAUUGCCAAUGGCCCCGUGUCUGCAAAUGCCAUGGCCAUGGCCGCGCCCUCGAUGGCCCAAAGGAGCCCAUGGCGCCUUGGACCAGGGGGCGCACAGCCAUGUCCCCGCGCUGGACGCUCUCCGCCCAGAAGAUCGAUCCGCUUCUAUGCAAUGCGAGCUAUGCGGCACAGCCCAAUGGCGAGUCAUUGUGCAAAAGCAAAAGCCGUUUCCCGACAUUGCAGCGGCGGCAGUACCAGUACCGAGGCUCGUCGAGCGCUGCCGGCGGCUGAGCGUGAGGCUCUGCACAGCGCGCUGCAGUUCCAGGAUGCGCCUGCAGACGACGUCCCCAACGACACGGACACGGCGCGCCCUGGCAGCUGGAGAGCUGAGGGCUUGAUGAGGCUCUAGGUGGAUUCGCAGCGGGUGUCCCACUGGCGUCCCACUGGAGAAAAAGGACGGCGCCAAUGCGUGUGGAGCUGUUGGACGAGCGACCCGCUGUAUCUGAAGUCACACUGACAUACGCGCGGAAGCGUUGCCGGGCAAAGGGCCUAGUUUUGUGAGCAAUGGGCUUGAUCGUCGAUUGGGAGAGCGACCUGCGGCUUGCCUGUGCAUCUUUAGGGGCGAGGCUGAAAGAUUUUGAGGCUCCAUGUGACAAGACUGGGCAUCUUUGCAGUCGUGUUGUUGGCCGUGGAGCGCUUCCCCUCCCCCGCUUUAAAGGCAAAACACCCCUCUUCGCGCGUCAUACCCGAACACCG